GAGAGGAACGCCGUGUCCUGGAACUCGAUGAUCGCGAGCUGCGCGAAUCUCGGUCGCGGGGCCGAGGCGCUCGAGAUCUUCUUUCAGCAGCUCCUCGAUGGGAUCUCCCCCGACGAGAUCACCUUCACGAGCGUGCUCCACGCGUGUGGGCACCUCGGCCUGCUCGAUCGCGCGCAUGAUUUCUUCUCCAGUAUCGGACACGACCACUGCCUGGUGCCGAUCCGCGAGCACUACUGCUGCCUGGUGGAUUUACUGGGGCGAUUGGGGCGGCUGCGCGACGCCGAGGAUCUCGUCCAGGGCAUGCCAUUCCCGGCGAGUCACAACGAUUGGACGAGCCUGCUCAACGCCUACAUCGUUCACGAUGAGAUGGAUCAGGGGCGCCAGGCAUUGGGCAAUGUGGUGCGCCAUCGCCUCUCUCUUGACGAGCUCCUCGGAUGAUCCUAGCGCUUCAUACAGUACGGGCCGUUGUUAUUUGUGGACCAUGUGGCCCAAGAGGCAGUGUACGGCGCCAUUCCACGCGCUCAUCUCUUUCAGUCACUUCUUGUGCGCCUGGCCGUGUAAAAAAGAUGCGCAGCUAGGGUUAUGGAGCAGCGAUGGCGGCCAGCGGCUCUACAGUAAUGGAUUCUUCUCUCGCAGCGCGCGGAGGCGAGCUGGAGCUGCGGCGCGGCAGAUCCUCCUCGUCCUGCCGCCGACAGCGCCGCGCCCGAAGAGGAUGACCGUUGCCGCAAGCAUCAUGGAGCCGCAGCCUCUAGACCCGCCGGACAUCUCACUGGAGAAUCUCUUGAGGCCCAUGCUGCCGCCGGGAGCGCCUAUUCCAGACUACGAUCAGCUCGAUUAUUCAUUCGCAAUAGAGUACUCGGGACCUGUAGGUGAUCAUCCGGUUCCCAGGGCUGAUCCACUGGUUGGAUCUCGGGAUAGUUCCAGCCAGGUGGAUUCGUCGUCGGUUUCCAAGACGCCAAGGCCCAAGCCGUCUGCGCUACACAUAGAUACCAGGAAACGAGCUCAUUUGGCAGCAGAGAAGCUGAUAAGCGAGUCGGGGUCAGCAAGAUCACCUAUCACAGGACUGGUAGAGAAGGACAGCUCGUCUACCACAGGAAGAAGUCCUUUGUCCAACAGUGGGACAAGAGGAAAGGCUGCCUCUAAAGAGAAGGAGGCCGGCUCGAGUUCCCCGGAUUCAAGGCUAGCGUACUCCGGAUUGAACUCCCUGUCGCGGAAAUCCUCCUCCUCGGAGAUUGAAGAGCUGAACGUCCAGUUUUCCGCGGCAGUGUCAGCUGCGGCCUCUGCACUGCCUUCUCCGUCGGCUUUAAGAUCCGUGUCGCUCAGUGAGAACCACAACUUGGAAAACUCGGACUUCCAUUCCACUCCGCGGUCCAUUUCGAUGCCAGAGAGGGAUAGAGCUGACGGAUCUUCGAGGCCUGGCUCGCCAUCUGGUGUUACUGCGGUGGAGCCAGUGGUGGUGGUGACGAAAAAGCGUGAAUGCCAUCGGUGUCUUAAAAAACACAUGUUACAGGAGAAAGAGACGUGCCUCGUCUGCACUGCGAGGUACUGUCGGAACUGCGUCCUUAUUGCAAUGGGCUCCAUGCCGGAGGGGCGGAAGUGCUUACGGUGCAUUGGCCUGCCUAUUCAUGAAUCACGACGACCGUAUCUUGGGAAGCCGUCCAGGCUGCUCAAAAGCAUUCUGAGUCCCUUGGAGAUCCAGCAGAUCAUGCGCACAGAGAAGGAUUGUUUGGCCAAUCAACUACGUCCCGAGCAGCUUAUUGUGAACGGCAGGGCCCUCGCUGCGCCGGAGAUGUCCGAGCUAUUGAGCUGCAGCAAUCCUCCUCCAAAACUUAAGCCCGGCAAAUACUGGUACGACAAAACCUCUGGACUGUGGGGAAAGGAAGGUGAAAAGCCAAGCAAGAUCGUCACUGCAGAGUUGAAAGUUGGUGGCAACCUUAAGCCGGAUGCAAGCCUUGGUACAACGGAGGUCUAUAUAAAUUGUCGUCAGAUCACCAAGUCUGAAUUAAAAAUGUUGAAGUUGGCAGGAGUGCAGUGUCCUCCGAGUACUUACCUUUUUCUAUCACCCGAUGGAUCGUAUAUGGAAGAAGGACAGAACAACUAUAAAGGAAACAUAUGGGAGAAGGCUUCCAUAAGAGUGAUGUAUUCUCUGUUCUCAUUGCCGACGCCUCGUGGAAGUGUACGUGCCAACAAACCAAGUGCUCGUGAGCUUUCGGCUAGGUACCCUCCUGCCAUUUUGGAGCAUAAGAAUGUGAGCAAGCUGCUUUUACUGGGUCACGAGGGCUCUGGCAGGAGUACAAUCUUCAAGCAGGCCAAGUUUCUCUACAGAGGUGGUUUCGAGCAGAAGGAACUUGAGAGAUACAAGGAAAUGAUUCAAACGUACAUCUACAAGUAUCUUGUUAUAUUGUUAGAAGGUCGCGAGCGUUUUGAAGAUGAAGAAGGUGAUGCUUUGUUGAAGAUCAAAUGUGAUCCUCCUGCGACAGGCGAAACCUCAAAGAAUAUGUAUUCGAUGGAUACGCGGUUGAAGAAUCUAGCGGACUGGUUCCUUGACAUUACAGCUGAUGGAUCUUUGGAAAGGUACUUUCCUGCUGCUACACGAGAGUACGCAGCAUCUGUGGAAGAGCUUUGGCGCGAUCCUGCUAUUCAAGCUACAUUCAAGAGGAAGGAGGAACUUCAUAAGCUACCUGAUGUUGCCGGAGAAUUCCUAGAAAGGGUCGUGGAGCUCUCAAGCAAUGAGUACGAGCCUGUGGAUCACGAUAUCUUAUAUGCAGAAGGCUUGACCCAAGGUUCCGGACUUGCAGAGAUAGAAUUUGGUUUACCCGAUCGGGAGCAGACUUCAGGUGCAAUGCAUGACACAGUGGAUUACUCUCCUACGGGAAGGUACCAGCUUAUACGAGUGGGUGGUAUCGGUCUUAAAGAAGGAAAGAAAUGGCUGGGAAUGUUCGAGGACGUUCGAGCGGUUGUCUUUACUGUGGCACUCAGCGAAUUCGAUCAAUUAUGGAUAGACAGCGAUGGCGUUGCCCGAAACAAACUUCUUAUAAGCAAGGAGCUUUUUCAGGACAUUGUGGCACGCCCCUGCUUCAAGGGAACCCCCUUCAUUCUCUUUCUCAACAAGUACGACAAGUUUGAAGAGAAGAUCAUGAAAGGCGUUCCACUCACGACGUGUGACUGGUUUUCCGACUUCAGCCCCGUUGGUGUUCCUCACUCUACCCAAGCUCAACAGGCCUACACAUACGUUGUCCACAAGUUCAAGAAGCUCGUCGGUGACCGCAAGCUCUACACCUUCCAGCUGAACGCUCUCGAGCGGAACUUGGUGGCCUCGGCAUUCCAGUACGUGAAACACAUACUCAAGCACGAAGAGAGCAAGGCGGCCGGCUGGAUGGCACUCCCAGAGGACUCUUCCUAUUGCACAGACUUGAGCUCAUACUCGCUGCAUUCCGCGAGGCAAGAGAAUGGCAACUCCUGGGACAGAAGUGCAAGAUAUGGUACAUAUGUUUCAUAAUUUGCAGAGUUUUAGAAACGCGCAGUGACAAGUACGCGAAUUUUUGCUGUGCUCUUCCCCUCUUUUUUUCUUCUGGCUCAUUAGUUCCCGAUCCAUCUCGGCUGCUAAAGUCAGACAUUUUGGAUAUGAAUUCAUUUGUUUCUUGAGGCCAUAAUGGAAACUUGUGAGGCGGACAGACUUCGACACCAAAGGAUAGCAUGUGGUGGGUCGCGAAAUGAGAGCGACCAGAAAGUCUGGCAGUGGUGCUGUGUGGUGUGUGGUGCUUUUGCUUUGCACAAACAACACCCAAAGUGCCAAAGUGGAGAUUUAGACAUGUCUAAGCGCGAGAAAAAAAUGAUGAACAGUGGUGCGUGCGUGCAAGCAGACUCAUUCUACUGGCCAGAAGAACUCAUCACAUUCCAUUAGCUGUGAUCACGAAAGGUGAUAUUAAACACUUUGCUCGGUCGGGCCUGACUGGAUAUUCUCUUCUCCAGAUCCGAAUGUUAAAAGUACUGGCCAGUCACGGGAGGCUUGUGAGCGGCACAACACACUCGUUGCAGGCUGGAGACUACUGUACCGCGAGAAGAUAAAAGGUAAGAGGAGCUUUAGGCUUUGUUAGGUAGACCACUGAUCCAGCACGCCAUUACAGGGAGAGGCUAUAGGCAUCGCAGAGUGACAAGAGGAUCUUUGUAGCCGAGCUCUUGUCACGACGCUUCUUUUGGAUCUCCAGUGCAGGAACAAAGCUAUAGAAAAAUCAAAUCGCGAGGCAGGCCUGCCAUCACGCGAAAAGGGAGCCGUGCUUAACAGAAACUCCGUAAGAAAGCCCAUCGCUUUCACUGCAACAGAACCAAGCAAGGAACGCUCCUUUUCUCGUUUCCUCGGACGAGGUUCUCCCAGAGUUCUCAGUGGGGACCAAGUGUAAGUUAAGUUACGGCCGCUUUAUAGUUAUGAGCGAUACAAGGAGACAAGCUCUUGCCACCCGGGACACACAGUGCCAAGGGAAUUGUUUGCUUGCGACGAAGUACUCGACUUUAUAAAAACUCGGCAGAGCGGCUCUCUGGAUCGCGGCGAGUGACGAGUGAUGGAUCAACCGCCCAGCCAUUCUCUUGUAUCCAUCCAUACAGCUUGGAUCUUAGCUUGUCCGAGAGCCAAGAACACGUAAGGACUAUACGCUUCCAAGAUAUGGAGGAGAUAAAAAAACGAUAACGCGGCGUGGAGGUUUUUAAAACCAUGUAACUAGAAUCGUGGGAUUCGAUCACACAAUAUAAUCGGUCGUGGUUGGACGAAA